GCAACCCAACCCCUCAUUCCGAAUCUCCCCAUUAAACCCACCAAUGCCGGUAUCGAUAUCACGGCUUACCUAAACACCUCAACAACCUGACCAGCCCCAGCGAGCCCGUCCGCCGAAUCGUGACCUUUGAGCCAUAAACCUGAUACUCGCCUCGUCCACAGGAGCGUACCCGGGAACCCACUUUCAGCUCGAACCUAGCAUUCAGCACGCCCUUCCCCAUCCCCACGGUAGCCCCCUCUCUCAACGCCAGCCAGCCCACCGGCUGCGGAAAACACGUCUCCCCCGGUCACACGUAUACAAGUAUCAUACACCACUCUAGAUACUCUACCCGGGGCACCUCGCUCACCAUACGUCAAGAUAGGGUGACGGCACCGAAUUCAAAACGCCAAAAGACGCAACUCCUGAUCCCCUACAUACCGCCAUGUCAGAGCCAGUCCAUCCACCGGAAGGGGGAGCAGGCGAAACCCCAAAUGCCCCGUCUGCAUCCGUGGACGUCCCUAGAGCUCGCAAAGCUUUUAUCCCCCUCGAGUAUGUUCUGCCCACCCGCCCAAAACAUUUCAACCACGGCAUGAAAAUAUAUUCUUGAUUCUAUACGCUACUGUUGCCGGCACCACCCCAUUCGUCCCUCUCCAUCUGUGUUUACGCUAACCGAGCUGACGUAUCGGUCUAUGCAGAUGCAAUCCCGAAGUGAUGACCGCCCUGGUGCACAAACUAGGGUUGUCCAAGAGCCUAGCUUUUCAUGAUGUCUUCUCCAUUUCCGAUCCCGAUCUUCUAGCAUUCGUCCCGAGGCCCGCCCUUGCUCUUCUGCUCGUUUUCCCGGUUUCCGAGAGCUACCAGCGGCACCGUAUCGCGGAAGAUGCGGGCAAGGAAGAGUAUUCCAAGCGGGGUGAUGGAGAAGAUCCGGUGUGGUUCAAACAGACUAUCAAGAACGCUUGUGGGAUGAUUGGUGUCUUGCAUGCGGUUUGUAAUGGGGGGAGCAGGGACAUGAUUGGUACGUAUUUCCGGGUACACCGCCAUCUCAUCAUCCCUCGAUACAGGAAGAAAUGGAGAAAAAGAAAACAUCGAAACAAAUCAAGUGAGAAGAGGACGGGUGAAAGAGCAGGGCAAACAUGAGGAAGAUGCACAGAGUACCCUAUCGGAAAUGUCAAUCCGUUUCUAACACGUUUGCGAUCGUUCGGAAAAACGAAUUAUAGGCGAUGGUUCUUCACUCCAAGAGCUGCUUUCAAAAGCCCUGCCCCUCCCCCCUCUCGAGCGUGCCAAAGCUCUCGAGGACUCCCAAGAACUCGCAUCAGCACACAAGUCUGCGGCGACCCGGGGAGCUUCUGCGGUUCCAGAUGCUGAGGCCGACGUGGACCUGCACUACGUGUGCUUUGUCAAAGCGAAGGAUAACCACCUCUACGAGCUCGACGGUCAGAGGAAGGGACCCCUGGAUCGCGGGGAUCUCGGGGAUGAUGAUGUCUUGAGUGAGCGGGCGGUGAAUGUCGUCCAGAUUUUCAUUGAUAGGGAGAAGGAGAGUGGAAGGCUCGAUUUCAGCCUUGUCACCUUGGCCCCGAACAUGGAUUGAGGGACGGCAGUUUGAAUACUGCAUACUUAUGGCGCCACGAAAAAACAUAUCCGGUGCUAUGGCUCAUUGUGUUGGAUGCGAAGCUUACACAUUGAGGCCGGAAGUAAUGACAAUCAUUCACCCAAAUAAUGAUGGACCGGGUAUCCCAGUUAUCAAUUGCUCGUGUCGAAUAUCGGUAUCUAGAGUACGUGCUGCGCGUGAAGAUGAUUGACCCUUUCCAAGGGCAAAGUAUGGGUGUCUCACCAUAUACCAUUCAUGAAUGAUCCCCAUGAAUGUGAUAAUAAAGGCGCCGGGAGAAAAGAGGCCUUCCAUAUUUAUAAUUCAUCCAUCCAUUCACUCAUAGAAUCGUAACUCCCGGCAACACUUCCCAAUCGAUAGUAUGCUACGGCACCCUCCCUACCCUUGCCUGACUCAAAGACAAAAGAAUCACGACAUCCCGCCACUAGCUGACCCGGAAUACUUAUCCCAGCCCACCCACGAUCCACUCUCCUCGAGACACCAUAAACCACAAUAUUAUGACGAUAUCAGCAUCGUGCCCCAACCGCCGCCGCCGCCGCCGCCGCAAGGCUUGGGGAAUACCCAAAACACCAGGCUCGAGUACCACCGCCUUCCCCGCGGGAACAACAGACACAUAAAAAGGAGCGAAGGGGGAAAAAAAAAGGGUUCCG